UUGCCAGGUUGGGCCAGUUUUCACGCACUAUCUGGCAACCCUGGUCGCAAGUCGCGUUAUUCUAGUUUGUUCCACCGCAUGGAGACAGUGCGUUCAGACAAAUCCUCACUCUGGUCCUCCUGACCUCACUCUCUCCGCCUCACUCUCUCCGCCUCACUCGCUCUUCUCACUCACUCUCCGCCUCGUUCUCUGUCCUCCCCCUCUCACCCAGCAUGGCUUCUCACCGGGUCCUGGUCUAUGGAGGUAAAGGAGCUCUGGGCUCCCAGCUGGUGCAGCAUUUUAAAUCCAAAGGAUGGUGGGUGGGCAGCAUCGACAUGGCCCCUAACGAGGAGGCCAGUGACAACGUGCUGGUGAAGAGGUCUGAGUCCUUCAUGGAGCAGGCUGACCAGGUCACCGCCGACGUGGCCCAGUUGCUAGGGCAACAGAAGGUGGAUGCCAUUUUGUGCGUGGCGGGCGGCUGGGCAGGGGGAAAGUGCAGCUCCAAAGACCUGGUGAAGAACUCGGACCUGAUGUGGAAGCAGAGUGUCUGGACCUCCACCAUCUCCAGCCAGCUGGCCGCGCUGCACCUGAAGACCGGGGGCCUGUUGGCCCUGACGGGGGCCAAGGCCUGCCUGACCGGGACCCCAGGUAUGGUCGGUUAUGGGAUGGCGAAGGCUGCCGUCCAUCAGUUGUGUCGGAGCCUUGCGGAGAAGAACAGCGGCCUGCCAGCGGACGCCAUCGCCGUGGCAAUCCUACCGGUAACCUUGGAUACGCCGAUGAACAGGAAGUUCAUGCCGGAUGCAGACUUCGGUACCUGGACGCCGUUGGAGUAUGUCUCUGAGAUGUUCUUCGGCUGGGCGAGCGGCGUCGAUCGCCCGGUGACUGGCAGCCUGGUCCAGCUGAUCACCACUGGAGGGGCGACCGAGGCUGUGCCUGCACAGUAGAGAGAGAGACAGAUCUACGCGUCUUCAACCACCGCCAGGACCUUUGCUGGCCCCACCUGUGUGUGUGUGUUACUGUGUGUGUGUGUGUGUGUGUGUGUGUGUGUGUAUGUAUGUGUUUGUUGUCACGUGUUUUUGUGAAAUGAAUUGUUUUCAAAAGUUGUUAAAAUAAUAAAGAAAAGAGUCUGUUAUCA